CCCUUGAGGGCUUGUUCCUCACAAUAUUCAAUGGUUGUUCAGAGGGGCCAGAUUUCAUAUGUCGUUUUUUUUGCUGCCGGUGGGUUUUGGCAGGGGGGAGGGGCCGAGCGGAGGUUGGAGGGAGGAGACGAUGGUCGAGGGAGGUGAUGAUGAAGGGAGGAGGAUUGUGGAUGAAGGUGAUGGAGGGAGGAGGUGAUGGUGGAGGAAGGUGAUGGAGGGAGGAGGAGGUGGUUGGAGGACGAAAGAGGCGAUGGCAAUUGGAUAGAGGAAGAGAGAGGGGAUGGUGGAGGGAGGUGAUGGAGGGAGAAGAGGGGUGUUAGAGGGAGGAUGGAGACGAUGGACAAGGAGGGAGGUGGGGGCCGAUGGAGAGACGUCGGAGGCAAUGGACGAUGAGGGACGAGGCGGGCGAAGAAGGGAGGAGGGAUUUGGUAGGCUGGGAAGUUGUGGACAUGGGGGGUGCAGUGGCCCAGGGGAGGUGAUGGUAGGGGGAGGUGAUGGAGGGAGGAGGCGAUGGUGGAGGGAGGUGAUGGAGGGAGGAGGCGAUGGUGGAGGAAGCUUAUGGAGGGAGGAGGUGAUGGUGGAGGAAGCUUACGGACGGAGGAGGCGAUGGCGGAGGAAGCUUAUGGACGGAGGAGGCGAUGGUGGAGGAAGCUUAUGGAGGGAGGAGGCGAUAAUGGAGGAAGCUUAUGAAGGGAGGAGGCGAUGGUGGAGGGAGAUUGGAUAUAGGCCAGACUUUCUGUUCCUCCUUCAAACAAUCAUGACAACCGAUGCCGGGGCAGCGGUGGACUUCGCAAUAAAUAUGGGCCGUAUGGAAGGAGGGUGUCCACUUGAUUACAAUACCAUAACCAACCUCUUCUUGCAGCGCAAUAUGAUCAGGGAGGCAACAACGUUCUUGCUUGAUGUGCUGAAACCAAAUCUUCCUGAGCAUGCCAUGCUUCAGACAAGGGUGCUGGAGGUAAAUUUGCUUAUGUUCCCGAAAGUUGCAGAGGCCAUCCUUGCCACAAGGAUGAUCACACAUUAUGAUCGCCCAAGGAUUGCACAGCUCUGCGAAAAAGCUGGUCUGUACCAUCGAGCUCUUGAGCACUACACAGAUCUGAUGGACAUCAAGCGUGUGGUUGUCAAUACACAUUCUAUUUCACCCCAAGCACUGGUGGAGUACUUCGGGACGCUCUCACGUGAAUGGGCCCUUGAAUGCAUGAAAGAGAUUCUUUUGGUUAAUCCAAGAGGGAACUUGCAGAUUGUUGUUCAGAUUGCAAAGGAGUACUCGGAGCAGUUGGGUCUCGAGGAGUGUGUAAAGAUAUUCGAGCAGUUCAAAUCUUAUGAAGGAUUGUACUUCUUCCUACAGCCAUUGAUUGCCACCAGUGAGGACAAGAAAAUUCAUUUCAAGUAUAUUGAGGCAGCUGCAAAAAUGAAUCAGUUGCAAGAAGUGGAGAGAGUAACAAGAGAGUCCAAUCACUAUGACCCUGAGAAAGUCCUCGACUUUUUGUUGGAUAUCAAGUUGCCGGAUUCGAGACCAUUGAUCAACGUCUGUGACAGAUUCAACUAUGUUCCACAGCUCAUACACCAUCUCUACAGUAACAAAUUGCUUCGUUACAUAGAAGGAUAUGUGCAGAAGGUUAACCCCGGAAAUACACAUAUUGUGGUAGGGAAACUUGUUGACGAGGAAGCACCAGAGGAUUUCAUCAAGGGCCUUAUCAUCUCUGUUCGCAGCCUCUUGCCAGUUGAGCCACUAGUUGAGGCUUGCGAGAAAAGGUCUGUGCCAUGAUAUCUAUUUAUAGCCAUAGCCUGCUCUCAGAUCUCAUCUGCUUGUCUUGAUAUAUGUGCUAUUGAGUGACAUGAUCAGCAAACGGAAGUGUUGAGCAUGUUGUGAAGAAGAGAGUAGCUAGAAAAGGGUGUCACAAGUGCCUCCCAGGUGUAAUAUGCCCUUCCACCUCCUUUUCACAACAUCUUGAUCUUGAGUGCUGUGUCGCCGACGCAUUCACACUUGCCAUGUUCUGGGGGAUGUACCGUGCUAGUAGCACAGACAAAUUGCUCGGGAACGCAGUUGUGUGAGUGUGCUGGAAUAGAACGUCCAGGUCAUUUUGCAG